UAGUGAAAUUUAUUAAAAAAAGAGAGCAAAUAUGUAAAACACAAAUCGGUACAUUUGGUUCUGUCAAUCAAGAAAUCUGAAUUUUCGAAUACCCUUUUCGAUUAUGGUUAAGAUAUACUAAUAGUAAUCCCAAAAGAUCCACACCGUCCGAUUCUGCAGCAACCAACUCUCCUCGCAGCUACACGUGCACCCCUCUCUCUCCGAUUCCCCUCUCUCUCUCUCAUGGCUUUGCUUCCAUGCAUGUAAUUCUCCACCUUACUAUAAACACACACAAACAUAUGUAGAUGUGGAUGUAGAGAGAGGGAGAGAUGUGUGUGUGUGUGUUUGUGUUUGUGUGUGAGAUGGGAGAAAAAUAGGGAAAGAAAGAGUCUUUGGCUUCUGUUUCUAUUUCUUGAUCUUGAUAGGCUGUGGCUAGUUCAAGGCCAUCAUUAGCGACCCAUCUGUUCGAAAGUUUGAUUUUUUCCACAUUAAUUCCUUCAAAAUCUUGCAACAUUAAUAUAGGACUGGGGUUGUCAUUUAUAUGCCUUUUUUUUUUCUUUUUUUUUCGCCUUCUCUGUGUUGUGUGUGUGGAGAUUUCAUCGAUUUGGGAUUCCAAGAGUGUUGCUCUCUUUCUUUUAUGUUGUGGGUCUGAAAAUUUUCACUGUCACAUCUCACCACUGUGGUUUGAUCCGGUUUUCUCUCACUAGAGGUGUGUAGUCUUUGUGAUCUAUGCCCAGCCCAUGAUUCAAUGUUUUGCCUCUUUGUUGGGAGGGGGGGACUUCAUUUUUGCAGUUUGAUGUUACUAGAUCAGGGAGAUGCUGCAUUAUUGUGAAAACCUAAGUUCAGUUUGAUGUUUUGCUGAUUCUUGAUUGUAUGGUUUUUGGGGGAAUUUCUGUUUGUUUUCUUGAUUUAGUAGUUGGAUUGGUAGGUGCUUGAACUAGGAUGGAUGAGGAUCAAGAAUUGAGAUUUGUUUGUAAGUUGUGCUUCAAGAAAUACCCUUGUGGGAAGUCUCUAGGUGGCCACAUGAGGUCCCAUGUAGUUGCAAAUUCAGCUGAAUCUGAUGAAAAGCUACUUGAUCCCAACAUUAAGAAAUUCCCAUCAUUUGUUCUUGUUAAUGGUGGUGGUGGUGGUGGUGGUGGCGGUGGGAUGCAAGGCACAAUGAGUGAUUCAAGAAUUGUUGAUUUAGGAAAUGGGCAGUCUAGCUAUGGCCUAAGAGAGAAUCCUAGAAAGAGUUGGAGGGCUGUGGAUUCAAGCUUCCCUAUGCCACAAGAGAAGAUUUGCAAGCAAUGUGGCAAAGGUUUCCACUCAUUGAAGGCAUUGUGUGGUCACAUGGCUUGCCACUCUGAGAAGGAUAGGGGCAUGAAAGAUGAUCAUUCUUGGACUAGUGAGAGCCACAAGCUGGUGACGGAUAGCCACUCGGACACGGAGGGUGAGGACCGGGCGAUCAGGACUAGGUCCUCUAAGAGCAAGAAGUUUAGGAAGAUCGUAGUGAACUCCCCCUUCCCCAAUGGCUCGUCGUCUGUGUCUGAGAUCGAUGGGGAGGAGCAGGAGGAGGUGGCCUUGUGCUUGAUGAUGUUGUCUAGGGAUAAUGGGAGCAAAGGUGGUGUGAAUUCUGUAGUGGAGAGUUCUGAUAAUAACUCUGUGAUUCUAGAGACUAAGUCCUCCUCCAUUGAUAUGAAGAAUGUGAUGAGAAAGUGUGAUGUUGUUAAGAAUGCUGAUGAUGAUGAUCAAGAUGGGAAGAAAGGUGUUGCUAAGGCUGCGAAUUCUGACUCGGGCUAUUUCUUGGACGAAUGUGCCAAGGCGGAGUCUGAUGUGUCCGUGGAUGGAUUCCGUAGGGGCAGUGGUGUGAACGAGUAUGAGGAGUUUAGGGAGAGCUUGAACAGAAGCAGGAGCUAUAGAGCUGAGGUGAAGAAGGCAUUAGCAAAGGAGAAUGCUUAUGAUUAUGAUCAUGAUCAUGGUGGUAGUAGUGUGGCAGCUAGGAUUGAGCAAUCAAGAAAGAGGAGAUAUGUCUCUGAGAGCUGUGAUGUCUAUAAUGAGUAUGACAGGAUCAAAAGGAGUGAUCCCCCUAGCGCGGAGAAGAGGCUCAAAUACGAGUGCUUCAACUGCAAGAAGACGUUCAAGUCCUACCAGGCUCUCGGUGGGCACAGGCCGUGCCACAAGAAGAGCAGCAACGCGUUGUAUGAGUCCAGAUACGAGAGUGGGGAGAACAGCCUAGAUGAUGAGUUUGGGGCUAGUAGGGGGAAGAUGGCUGAGUCCACUAGGAAGGCGGCCGUUGCUGCUGCUGCUGCUGACAAGAAAAUGAAGGCGAAGAAGAGCAAAGGCCACGUCUGCCCAUUCUGCAACAGAGUGUUCAAGAAUGGGCAGGCCUUGGGUGGCCACAAGAGGUCACAUUUCAUCGGUGGCCAUGAGGUGGUGAACACGAACCCUAGCCCCGUCACCAAGCUGGACUUGCUCGACCUCAACCUGCCCGCCCCUCAGGACGAUGAGGAUGAUGGAGACGACCAGUACUCGCCUUGGUAGGCCGUAGAUGCUCGAGUUGCUCGAGCAUCUAAGAUGAUGGUAUAUACAUUCAAAUUGGUGGACAGCAAACCACAUUGUGCUCUUUCUUGCUUGCUUGGUUGGUUGCUUGCUAGCCUCCUCAUACUAUAAAAAGAAAACCUUAUGCAUAUUCCAUGAAUAUGCACAAUUUUUGCAGACUUUAGAUUUCUUUUUUGUCUUCCAAUUUGAAGCAUUUACAUUAUGUCUGAAAAUGAAACUUUUUUAGUUCUUCUUUGUUGUCUAAGAUAUGAACUCAAUACAUAUGAGAGAGGCAGUCUCUUUUUUUGCUCACUGCAUUUU